ACUUCCGGGUGUUAAAUCGUUGCAAAACAGACCUACAACCUACAACCUAUAUACUGUCUAUGCCUAGCUGCAACAGUGGACAGUGGCACUGGAAGGAGAAGUCAUUCACCGAGGAAAACCUGGAUAACGCAGCUUCAGGAGAAUGAUGCUAUCAGAAGUCCUGCAAGUGCUGCGUGGGGCAGGUAAAGUAGGGUCUGCCCUGGUCACCACCCAGGGAGAACAGCUCAGAUUAAUGACCUGCAACUCCUCAGUGGGAGCAGCAGUCAAAGUUGCUCAGGAUGUGGUGGAAGGACUGGUGGGCACUUUUAUGGGCGGCAACAAUGCGUCAAUAAAGGAAGAUGUGUUUCCGGACACAAAGGGUUGGGAGACUAUGGACCCUGAAGAAGCAGCCAAAUGGGCAAUAGGGUCAGAGUUCCCCCCUGAUGCUCUGGAGCAAAGCCAGACAGAAGUUGGAGCUGCAGCAGAGAUGCCAUCAGGAGUUCCUCCUUCCCCAGGGGUAGCGCCGGGCUGGCCGGGACAGAGCGCUCGCUUCCUCCACACGACCCCUGGCCUCCACCGGUACUACAACCAGACCAGGUCUAUCCAUGACACGGUGGUGGCCAGACUCUCACCAGAGGACAUCAAGAAAGCCAGGGAGGCCAAGAAGGCCCUGAUCAAACCUGUCAGACAGAAGCUGAGUGACCGGGCCAAAGAGAGGAAGGUGCCCGCCACAAGAAUCAGCAGGCUGGUUAAUUUUGGGGGACUGGCAGUAGGACUUGGGAUUGGUGCCAUUACAGAAAUGGCAAAACAGUCAUUGGGAGGCAAACAAAAUGAAGACAGGAAUUCCUUGUUAGACUCUCCUCUCCUGUCAGACGCCAAUGCUGAGAGAAUAGUGAACACGCUGUGCAAGGUCCGUGGGGCCGCACUCAAGAUCGGACAGAUGCUCAGCAUUCAAGACAACUCCUUCAUCAGCCCCCAACUGCAGAGGAUCUUUGAGAGGGUCCGGCAGAGCGCAGACUUCAUGCCUGCCUGGCAAAUGAAUAAAGUUCUCGUGGAGGAACUGGGGCCAGGCUGGCGAGAGAAGCUAUCGUCCUUUGAAGACAAACCGUUUGCUGCAGCUUCCAUCGGCCAGGUGCAUCAUGGGGUGUUAAAAGACGGAAGAGAGAUCGCCAUAAAGAUCCAGUACCCUGGAGUUGCAGAGAGCAUCCAGAGUGACAUAAACAACCUGAUGUCAGUCCUAAAAAUGAGCGUUGUCCUGCCAGGAGGUCUGUUUGCAGACGACAGCUUAGAGGUUCUUCAGAGGGAGCUGGCAUGGGAGUGUGACUAUAAGAGGGAAGCAGAGUGUGCCAAGAAGUUCAGGUCCAUGAUGGAGGGAAAUGAGUUUUUCCAAGUCCCUGAGGUGAUCGAUGAGCUGUCAGGUGGCAGGGUGCUGGCCAUGGAGCUUGUACAUGGAGUCCCACUGGACCGCUGCGUAGACCUGGACCAGGAGACUAGGAACCAGAUCAGUUUCAGAAUCCUCCAGUUGUGUCUCAGAGAGGUGUUUGAGUUCAGGUUCAUGCAGACGGAUCCAAACUGGGCCAACUUCUUCUACAACUCAGACACCAACAAGGUUGUUCUGUUGGACUUUGGUGCGUGCAGAGGCUACCCAGAAGCAUUCACAGAUGACUACAUACAGGUGGUGCACGCAGCUUCCGUGGGUGAUCGAGCCACUGUUCUUUCCAAAUCAAAGGCGCUUAAAUUCCUGACAGGCUACGAGGCCAAGGCCUACGAGGAUACCCACGUGGAGGCGGUGAUGAUCCUCGGCGAAGCCUUUGCAUCCGCGGAGCCUUUUGACUUUGGCACCCAGAGCACCACCCAGCGCAUCCAGAGCCUUAUCCCUGUCAUGCUACGCCACCGCCUUACCCCUCCACCCGAGGAGUCGUACUCCCUCCACCGCAAGAUGGCCGGCUCCUUCCUUAUCUGCUCCAAACUGAAGGCGCGCAUAUCAUGCAAGGACAUGUUCCUAGACGUAUACAAUGCCUACAACCAGAGGAGGCAGGCGCAGCAGGCAGCACGGGCCAGUGCUUAGACGCUUGGGGACAUGCUCACUGCCUUAAUAUGCCUAGGACUUUUUAAGAGUGGGCUACUAGCAAAGGGACAGAAAAGGUGGAGUGGCCACGUGGAUCAGACUUACCUAAGACUUUAUAUCAUGUCAGUAUGUAACUAUGGCAACGUGCUUUAAUGAGGACCAUGAGUGUGCUCGGCUUUCUAUGCUUGUGUCCUUCAAGUGCUACAGUCCACUGACAUCAGUUAGGGAAUGAUUU